CUUUUUUUUUUUAAGCGUUUUACUUUAUACUCAACAUGACUCGCAAUUUCUUCGUCGGUGGCAAUUGGAAGAUGAAUGGCUCUCUCUCCCAGGUUAACUCCUUGGUUGAGAUCCUUAACAACGCUUCCGUCCCUUCUAACACUGAAGUGGUUGUCGCUCCCCCUGCUAUCUACAUUGAUCGUGUCCGUCAAGCUGUCAAGAAGGAAAUCGAGGUUGCUGCUCAAAACUGCUACUACAAGGCUAGCGGUGCUUUCACCGGUGAGAUCAGCCCCGAACAGCUCAAGGAUAUGGGCAUUAACUGGGUCAUCAUUGGUCACUCUGAGCGCCGUGAAAUCUUUGGAGAAUCUGAUGACUUCGUUGGAGCUAAGACUGCUUAUGCCCUCAGCGCUGGUCUCGGUGUCAUUGCUUGCAUAGGUGAGAAGCUUGAGGAACGUGAAUCUGGAAAGACUGAAGAAGUCUGCUUCAGACAGUUGAAGGCCAUUGCCAGCCAUGUCAAGGAUUGGACCCACGUUGUCGUUGCCUAUGAGCCUGUUUGGGCCAUUGGCACUGGCAAGGUCGCCACCCCAGAGCAAGCUCAAGAGACACACGCUGCUCUUCGCAAGUGGCUCGCAGAGAAUGUUUCCAAGGAAGCCGCAAACAACACUCGCAUUCUCUAUGGAGGAUCUGUCAACGGCAAGAAUGCCGCUGAACUUGGCAAGAAGGAGGAUAUUGAUGGCUUCCUUGUUGGUGGUGCUAGCUUGAAGCCCGAGUUUGCUGAUAUCAUUGCUGCUUCCAGCCAAUAAUUAGUCAAUGUAAAAAGAAUACUUGGUGGUCCUGAAUAAAAUUUGAUGGCAUUGGCAUAGAUGAGCCAUCGAUCAUUGUGUAUAAAGCUAAUGCUAGAGAGCCUGCGCGAAAGUGGUGAUAAAAUGAUCCAAGGCAUUGUCGAUGACACCAUCAAAUAUCUAUCCUUUCAGCGGGUCAACUCAACUUUAGACGUGUCAAAGCCAGUUGCGGAUAGCCCGGCUUUGUCACUACUUCUAAUACCAGCGGUAGUGGCAGCUACAAGCAUGGGUUGUGACAUAAAAUUUGCUCUACAAGGUACAAUCUUUUUUAUCAGCAAAUGCAGAGCGGAGAUAAACACUUCACCGUAUCCGAUACACAAUCAAGAUGUCUUUGUUAUGGUGGUACGUGCUAAAGGUAUCUUGUUAGUGCUCCUAAAAAUUGCCGAGUGUCGGGUACCGGUCUGGUACAGGUUUCGCCGAAC